AUGUCCUCUCAUCAGCGAUCCCUAUCCCAGGCGGCCCCGUCGGAGAAGUCGUACUUUGAGCAGCAGCGCGAGGCUCUUAUUGGCGAGAUUGCCAUGAGCUUCGAACAGGUGCUCGCCAAUAUCAACAAGCUGAACCGCUCUCUUGAAGCCGUUACGACUGUCGGUAACGAGUUUUCGUCCGUCGAGGCGCUGUGGUCGCAGUUUGAGAAUGUCAUGGCGAAGGAUCCAGAGGAGAACCAACCCAACGAGGGGGACCGUGGAGAAGGCGAGGAGGAUGAGCACAAGAAUAAUGCGGAACAUGAAGCACGUUCGUGA